GCACCCCUACGAAAGCUUCUCAAACCCUAAGCCUUUUGCAGGCUCUUUUUUUAAACAGGUUAACACGCGCUAGAAACCCUAGAAAUUUGCUUCUGAUAACCAUUUUUCCAUGCCCUUGAAACCCUGGGCCGGAGCUUCGCCAUAGCUUUUUUUCACCAUUAUUCAGGGCUUUCUCAAGAGCGCUUGGAACCCUAGAGAAGAAUUUCAUGUAUGAUGUUGUAGAAACUUAGUUGCUGAUGAUACAUGUAAUUUGAAGGUUUGUAAGUUUUUGGAAGUGGCAUCCUUUCUAAGAAGAAAAGAAGUUCAGAUUCAGUCGAAGAAAUUGGUUCCUAGAGAGACCAAAGCUAUACAGAAAACCCAACUCGGAACUGUCAGGAAAAGGAUAAGAUGAAGAACAAGAAGAAAAGGGAGGAGGCUGAAAAUGAGGUUGAGAAUGAUGAAAUUGCUUCUCUUUGUGAAAGCCCGACUAUCUCUCGUGAAAUGAGUAAAAACAACAAGAAGAAGAAGAGCCUGGAGGUGGGAAAUGAGGUUGAGAAAGCAGAGGUUGCUUCUCUUCCUGAGAUCCCAACUAGCCUUCAAGGAAUGAAGAAGAAGAACAAGAAAAAGAGGGAGGUAACCGAGAAUGAGGUUGAGGAAUCUGAGGAUGCUUCUCUUUCUAAAAACCCACAAAGCCCUCAGGAAAACAAGAAGAAUAGGAAGAAGAAGAGGGAAGAAGCAGAAAAUGAGGACAAAGCAGGUUUUUCCUCCAUUCCUGCAAACCCAAUGGAGAGAAGGAAGAAAAGGAGAGAAAUGGAUAAAGAGAAGCAUCAAACAGAAUCAAACAACAUGCCAUCGAGAACUCGUGUUUUGGUUCAAAGCUCGGAGCACCAAAUGAGUGUAGUAUCGAACCCCCCUUUGUUGAGUAAUAUACCUGGAUUUCACAUAAGUGUUUUUAGGGAUCUUUCAUUGGCUGAUACCAUGGCUAGAGAAGCAGCCACUGAAGCAUUGGUUAAGGAGCUUUGCGAAGUUCAGAAAGCACAUGAGAAGUGCAUCAAGGAAGGUUCGAGUGAAGAUGACCUGCAAUUGGAAGCUGCCAAGGAUGAUGGUCUCAAUAAUUGUGCCCCUUCAUUGAGAUAUGCCCUUCGCCGACUAAUUCGUGGAGUUUCUUCUUCAAGAGAGUGUGCAAGACAAGGCUUUGCAUUGGGUUUGACUAUUGUCAUUGCUAGCAUUCCUAGCAUCAAGGUGGACUCAUUGCUGAAACUGAUUGAUGAAUUACUGGAGGUUUCUUCUUCAAUGAAAGGCCAGGAGGUAAGAGAUUGUUACUUGGGCCGUCUGUUUGCAUAUGGAGCUCUUGCCAGAUCUGGUCGAAUAGCUGGGGAAUGGACUUCAGAUAAAAAGUCUAAAUCUAUUAUGGAAUUUAUUAACUCUGUAGUUUCACUUGCUAAUAAGAAGCGAUACUUGCGUGAACCUGCUGCCUCUAUUAUAGUGGAUUUAGCUAACAAGUUACCUGCACAAGCUCUGUCGACCCAUGUUCUUGAGGCUUCUCUCCUGAAGGAGUGGUUUCAGAGAGCUACUGAUGAUGGAAAUCCUGAUGUGCUACUUUUGGCCAUGAAAUUACAAGAAACGCUUUCUGGAGAUGAUGAGACAUUUAGCAAAUUGUGGCCUUGUCCUUUCAGUCCAAAGAAUCUAUUUACUAUUGAGGCUUUGACUUCCCUCGUUUCUUGUUUCAAGGAAACAACCUUUUGUCAGCCUCGGGUUCAUAGUUUGUGGCCUUAUUUGGUGGACAUCCUCUUCUCAGAUCUGGAAAGGCAUGAAGAGGAAGUACUGGAUAUUCAGAGCAUUACUUCCUCUAAGAAGUCUAAGAAAAACCGGAAGCGCAACUCUCCUGAAAAGGAUCUCAUAAAGCGUCUCCGCUCUUUUUGUGAAGUUGUCAUCGAAGGAGCACUCCUAUCAUCGUCACAUGAUAGAAAGCAUUUGGCUUUUGAUGUUCUGCUUUUGGUCAUGCCAAGAUUACCUUCUUCAUGCAUCCAUGCUGUUCUCUCUAAGAAGCUAAUCCACUGCUUGGUUGAUAUUUUAUCUACCAAGGACUCCUGGCUUUAUAAAGCGGCACAACAUUUCUUACAUGAAAUCUCUAGUUUGGUGGAGAAUGAUGAUGAUCGAAGGAUAGCAGUUGUUGUAGCAUUACAACAACACACAGAUGGAAAAUUUGAUAUCAUCGCUCGAACCAACACAGUUAAAGACUUAGUUUCAAAAUUUGGGAUGGACCCAGGUUGUACUCCAUUUGUCGGGAGUCUUAUAAGCUUGUUUCUUGAUGAGGGGGCAUCUGGGUCGGCUACGAAUCAAAAUCUUGAGGGUUUGGCUGAGGAUGAUGAUGACUCUUUAACAAGUUCAUAUUCCUUGCGAAAUUGGAUCGUGGAUUGUCUCUAUCGUAUAUCGAAGAAUUCAAAACUUUUGACUGUGAGGAAAGAGGCUUUGAAAUUUUUGACUCUGCAGGGAUUAUUUUCCGCAUCUCUUGGUACAGAGGUUACAUCAUUUGAGUUGCAUGAGAAAUUGAAAUGGCCAAAGAGUGCUACCUCAAGUCAUAUACGGCGGAUUUGUAUGGAGCAGCUGCAGCUUCUAUUGGGGGAUAUUCAGAAGGAUGAGGGGUCUGAGUUUGAAUCAGCUGGCAAAGAACCAAGUGAACCAGGGGAAUACUUCAUGUGGCUUCUUGAAACAGUGCGCAACAUCCCAUCAGUUUCUCUAUUCCGGACCUUAAGUGAUGAGGAUGAGGGGGCAUUGAAGAAAAUGCACUCAAUGCAUGCUAAGAUGUUAUGCAUGGAAAAGGAAAAUAAAAAGGAAAAGGAGAAGGAGGAGGAAAAAGAAAAGGAAGGGAAAGGCAAUAAAGAUAAAUUAUUUUCUAUAAGAUGCAAGUUAGAUAAACUGUUUGCUAUGCGAUUCUUGCUUAUACAGUUGCUGUUGCAAGUUCUUCUCCAUCCUGGAGAAUUUAGUGAUGCUGCAUCCGAACUUGUCAUAUGUUGUAAGAAAGCGUUUGCGGAUUAUAAUGAUCCUGGAUUCUCAGAGGAAGAGGAGGAUAUCGAUGUAGAUGGUUCCCCCGUUUUGAUGGAUGUCCUUGUAGAUACCCUACUCUCCUUGCUGCCUCAUUCUUCUGGUCCUUUAUGUUUUGCUGUUGAGCGGGUUUUCAAGGCUUUCUGUGAUGAAAUAGCUGAACCUAACCUGCUUAGCAUGCUGCGCGUUAUAAAGAAAGAUCUGAAACCUUCUCGUCAUCAGGUGGCAGACAGCGAUGAUGAUGAAGAAGAAGAUGUUCUGGGUAUUGAAGAAACAGAGGAUAACGAUGAGGCUGAGGAAUCUGGUGAAGAUGGAGAGAGCAAUGCUGAGAUGAGAAAUGAGGAUCUGAAUGAUGCUGAUGAUGAUGAUGGGGUUGCAUUCGGAAAAGCCAAUGACGCCACGCAAGAUCCAGAGGGCUCUGAUGACUCGGAUGGUGGCAUGGAUGAUGCUGCCAUGUUUAGGAUGGACUCAUAUCUUGCCCUUAUCUUCAAGGAGAAGAAGAACAUGGCUGGUGGUGGUGGUGAUACCACUCAGUCUCAGCUCAUGCUGUUCAAGCUUCGAGUCCUUUCACUAUUGGAAAUUUUCCUGCAAAAGCAUGCUGGUAAACCCAUCAUUUUGACUGCAUACUCAUACUUGAUCCGUGUAGUUUUUAACCUUUCUCGCAUGGGAGGAAGUGUACAGUUGACGCAGCGUAUCAGUGGCAUCUUGCAAAGGAGGAUCUUCAAGCAGAAGGAUUACCCCAAGGGUGACGGUGUUCAAAUCAAAACCCUAGAAAACCAUCUUGAGAAGAGCCUAAGUUCUGCCUCUCGAUCAAAACAAGAACCGGUGACUUCUCUAUCUCAAAACGCAACCUUUUGGCUCUUGAAAAUUGUUCGUGCCAACUUUACAGAAACCCAGUUGCAGAGGACAAUAGAGAUAUUUCAAACAUCCCUAGAGGACUUCUUUACCAACAAGAAGUCUCGAUUUAAGUCAGGUUUCUUCAAAGAGGUUUUUCGAAGGGAGCCGUGGCUUGUGCGAAUGCUUUUUGGGUUUCUACUAGAGAAAUGCAGGAACACUAAGUCAGAGUUUCGUAGAGUCGAAGCUCUUUCAUUAGUGGAUGACAUGUUGAAAUUGUGGGUUUCAGGCAAAGCAGAAGUCAUUUUAAGUGAGUUGAGUUUUUUUAAAGGGCAUUUAUCUUCUGUUUGUGAUUUGAUUCAACAGCUCCUUAGCAAGCCACCAGAGAAAGCAUCGAGGAGGUCGGAGGUGAGGCAGUUUUGUAUUGGAGCACUGAAGGUGGUUUCAAAGCUUAAGCUGAAUAAAUCAUUUAUAAAGGCAUUGAAACCUGAUGCAUAUGCUGCCUGUGAAUCUCAUUUUGGGGAUGUUUUCAAGGAGGUGGUUCAAUAGAAGUUGGAAGCUUUUCUUGCCUCUAAUGGGCUAGGGAGAAAUUUUGAUCGGCAUCUGUUGGGUUCAUAAGUUAUUUUGUCCUCUCUGAAGACCAUUUCUGAUGUAAAUUGUGGGAUAUCAGAUCAAAUUCAAUGCUCGGGUCACCUCAGGCUUUGGAUAUAUCAUGGGUGGACCUGAACAUCUCAAUAAAUUUUCCCUAAUUUAUUGAGUUUUGAGAAAAUUUUGUGCUCGUGAAAUGCCACAAUUUCGACGAAAAUCUAGUGAAAGCUGUAACCAUAUACUAAAAUCUCGCCAUUCUAUGUAGCUAAUGAUGAAUUUGUGCCUGGAUAUUAGGCCAAUACUACCAUUUACUAGAGGGCGCCCCUUGAAUAAGGUGAUAUGUUAUUUAUUUUAUGACUUUUUGUUCUUUUUUUAGAAUAAAAGCAAAAAAUUUAAUUGGCCAAA